AUGUUAGUGUCAGAAAUUGGCAGUUCUUCUGGCAACAGGGGUAGAGUACACUCGCCAGAAAUAGAAUAUAGCGAAGAAGAUGAGGAGGAACCAAAGGAAGAUCCGGAGGAGGAUCCGAAGGAAGAUCCGGAGGAGGAUCCGAAGGAAGGUCCGGAGGAGGAUCCGAAGGAAGGUCCGGAGGAGGAUCCGAAGGAAGGUCCGGAGGAGGAUCCUGAGGAGGAUCCAGAAGAGCAUCUAGGAGAAGAGGCAGAAGAAGAAGAUCCUCAGGAGGAAGAGUAUGAAGAAGAGGAACUGUUAGAUGAAUCAGUUGUUGAACAGUACAAAAGCGAGCGUUUCUGGUCUAGGGUGCAGAGGUAUCGCGAUUUGAGAGAAGAUGCAGAUAUAGCAGAUAGCUCUAGACCAAGUUAG